AUCUCUGUGCGACGAUCAGUUCAACAAAACAAACGCCUGGCGUGGCCGAAGAAGUAGAGUUAUCAGACCUGAAACGAUGAUAAAAUGCCAGUUUGUUGGCUUAUUAGUGAGGAGGGAAUGCAUAAACCAAUACAACUGCCUCACUGGCAUGCAGUCGUAUUGGGUCGAGGACCAGAAACAACAAUUAAAGACAAAAAAUGUUCCCGUCAGCAAGUUGAACUAAAAGCAGAAUGCAACAAAGGUUAUGUCAAAGUUAAACAGCUGGGCUCGAACCCAACAUCAGUGGAUUCAGUGGAGAUUGGGAAAAGCAACGAGGUGAAGAUGAAGCCUGGACAGCUGCUGCACAUGGUCAACGAGCUUUACGCCUAUACUGUACACUUCAAAGAAGAUCUAAGUGGUGAGCAGCGUGGAGUCAAACGCCCACGAGAGUCUGUUCCUGUGAACAAAGAAACAUCUUCACAGACUGCAAGCCCAGUUACAACAAAGAAAUAUGAUAAGGAAAAGUCUGGACAAACAGACUGUCAUACUCAAGCUUCAAAGAAUGAUAGAGGGUUUGGACAUUGGAACCAAGGUCUCAAAGUGUCAAUGCAGGACCCAAAGUUGCAGAUCUAUAAAGAUGAGACCGUAGUAGUUAUUAAGGACAAAUACCCCAAGGCUCGUUUCCACUGGCUGGUUCUCCCGUGGCAGUCUAUUGUUCAUCUGAAGUUCCUACGCAAGGAGCACUGUGAUCUUUUAAGGCACAUGCAAAAAAUUGGAGAGCAGAUGGUUCUCCAGUGCCCAGACUCUGACUCCUUACGCUUCCGCAUAGGCUUCCAUAUCAUCCCCGCCAUGAGCCACCUUCACCUUCAUGUGAUCAGCCAGGACUUUGACUCGCCUUAUCUAAAGAACAAAAAACACUGGAAUUCCUUUACCACAGAUUAUUUUAUUGAAACCAAGGAUGUCCUCAAAAUGCUGGAGUCAGAUGGAAGAGUCAGUGUUAAAGAAGGCACCAGUGAACUGUUGAAGUUACCUCUUCGCUGUCACAUAUGUCACAGAGAGCUCUCGACUAUACCUGCACUAAAGGAACAUCUGAAGUCACACUUCUCCAGAAAGAAAGAAAAAAAUUGAGCUGAUUAGUGACAAGAAGAGAUGCCAAAUUUGUUUUUAUAUACUGUAUAUCUAUACACAGCCUUAUUGGCUCAAAGCAGUUCAUUUUACUACAAUGCACUAGCUGUUUGUUUAUUUGUUCACUCUCACUGCUUUUGUUAUUGACUUAUCUUGAAAGUUGUUAUAUAUAUUAAAAACAAAUAUAUAUAUAUUGCCAAAGCAGAUAGUAAUUUGUAUUUGCAUGCUCUUAUUUGUAUUUGUAUUUAUUCAGUGUGUUUAUGUUGCACUUUUUCACCGUAUCAAGUUCCUAGUUUGUGAACUGUGUUCACAGACUAUGGCAAUAAAAGUCUUCUGAUUCUG